GCCUUGCACUUUACCAUGUCCUAUCGACAAUCGUCUUACUCUCGUUAUAAUACCUUUCAUACUCAAAAACAACAAGUCCUCGGGAAUAAUGCUGGCCAUGUCGCUCCAGCAUGGCGUGGUGCAGGAUCGUCGGGCGCUAAUGCUUCCAUUGGGAAGGGAAAACAGGCAGCGAGUCAGGCAGGCAGCAAGAUUUUACUUAGUAGGUUGCCCGUGGACGUGAGUGAGAAAGAAGUAGAGGAAUUGUUCAGGAAGACCGUAGGGCCACUGAAGGAUUCCUUCAUCGUGUACAACUCCCAAGGGAAAUCUAAAGGGAUGGCAAUAAUAUCCUUUCAAAAGCCAGGUGACGCUGCUGUAGCUCGGUCAAAAUACGACGGAAAAUUUGUGGAUGGACGACGUCCAAUCAAGAUUGAAAUUAUCUCGGACGAUAUAUCGCCAGCUUCUGUGUCUUCAAGUACCCCUUCACUGUUCGAUAGAAUUGCUGGUACGAAGCCCAUCGUGAAUGGCGCUACGCCCGCUGCUACCACUGGGGUCAAGAGCUCCGUUCAGAAUCAUGCUCUGCCGAGACAGGUCGCUGCAGCAGCCUCUAUCGCUGCCGGACUGCCGGUGCCAGCUAACCCUCGACGACGCUUGAAGAAGGGUCCUCGACGGCUGAAGAAACAGAUAGUCUUCAAGUCACUCGAACAACUUGACCAAGAAAUGGAAGACUAUCGCGCUGCUGCUGAUGUUGGCUCCUGAUCAACGGAAGGGACGUUUAGAUCGAGUUUUUGCGGCACUUUUCCUCAAGGUUUUCAUUGGCAGAUUUCGUGCAGUAUCUCUGUUUGACAGUUAACCCUUUCCACAGCCAAAGACCAAGGACAAGUCACGUACGGCACGAGGGUGAACUCAUGGCAUAGCCACCCUCUUCCUCUGCCAUGAGGCCGAUAUGGUGGACCGUUUGCUUUUUUGUAUUAUCUGAACAAAUGCCAACACGGGCAUGUUAUAUAUGCUAGCUGGGAUAGGUUUCACCUUUUCCAUGUCAUUCAACCUCAGACGUUCUUGCUAUCGAAGGAAAUUCGGCGACAAGAAAAGCUACGAAGAUAGCAUUCAUAUUCAGUGUUUAACUA